CCUGGGGGCGGGGCGGGGAGCGGGUGAGCCCCCGAGAGCCAAGCCGGCUCGGGUACCCAUUGCCAUCCUGCCGCAAUUUCCCUGUGUCAUGGCUCCGGUCUCUUAGCAACAGCCGCCAGUCCGGCCGCCCGGAGCAGCCGCCGCGGGCUCAACUCCACCCGGCGGAACCCGGCGCGCCGCAGCCACACAAAAGAGGCGCAAGGCCGGGGAGCGCGCGGCCGCAGGGGCCGGCGGGGAACGCGACGGGAGGGGACAGUGGCAGCCGAGGAGGAGCGACCGAGGGAAGAAGGGCUCCAGGAGGCACGCAGGCUGCAGAGGACCUGACACUUCUUGGAAACUCUUGGAAAUGGCUCCCGCCACCGCGCCCGAGGGGACUUCGAGCCCCUGGCGCAGCUUCGUCCCCGAAGAGCUGUUCAGCCGCUCUUGCGCCCGGGGCCCCGGGGCGCUGUCCCUGCGCUCCGCCGUCGUCGGCUCGGGCUGAAAAGUUUCUCCAUGGUUCUUUGUGUCUCCCGAGCUGCCCCGGUCUCCCUGGGAGGGAACACAAACCAUGGAACAGAGAAUGCACCCCCCAGGGACCCACCCAGCAGAACGGGACUUUUCACAGCUGACAGAUAAGCACUAACAGGCAUCAUUUCUUGUACCUACUCAGACUGUGUGUAUAGCCAACCACCCAAAGAGCUUCCCAGAGCUAGGCCACUGCUGCCACCACUCCUCUUCCUCAAAAUGACCUCCAGAGGAAAGAACGAAGAGAACAGCUUUUGUGAGUGGAAAUACCUUCCAAUAAAUCAUCAUUAUGUAGACUGCUUUACCUAGGCAGCAGGAGGAGGUGACCAGGCAGCUAGAGGGCAGCUGGCGCUCCCCCUACACAAGCAAGCUUCAGCCCCAGGCCUAGGGGCUAGCCCUGAACUCCUCAGACCGGUUCGCCAUGAUCGCCACCGGUGGCCUACUGAGGAUAUCCGCCCGAAAGCAGGAUCCCCUCCGGCCCCCCAGCCAGGUCCCUAAGCGCAAGAGGAAAACCAAGAAGAGGCGUAAGAACGACGUGGUGGUGGUGAAAGGCAAGCUGAACCUGUGCUCCAUCUCGGGGCUCAUCGCCCUCUGCGGGAUCCUGGUGCUGUUGGUGGGCAUAGCCAUGGCCGUGGUGGGCUACUGGCCAAAGGCCAGCUCAACCAACAGAGGGGGCAACAAGCAGCUGCUGCCUGCGGGGGGUAGCCAUCGCUUUGGGAACCCUGGCAACAGCAGCAGUGGCGGAAAAAACCCGACCAAGAGCCACUCUGGGACCCCAGGAGGUGUCAACUCCAGUUCUGUGGGCGGGCCCAGGAGCUCGCCUCCCACUAGAUCUGCAGUCACAUCCUCUUCCUCCUCCUCCACCUCCUCCUCCUCGGUGGGCUUCUUCUUCCGAAUCGUCUCAGGCUAUCUGCACUCUGACAAGCUCAAGGUCUUUGGGCCCCUCAUCAUGGGCAUCGGCAUCUUCCUCUUCAUUUGCGCCAACGCGGUGCUCCACGAGAACAGGGACAAGAAGACCAAGAUCAUCAACCUGAGGGACCUCUACUCGACUGUCAUCGACGUGCACAGCCUCCGCGCCAAAGACCUGGCAGCUGCAGCAGCUGCAGCUGCCGCAGCCGCCGCUUCCUCCUCCACCGCCGCCCCCGGCUCUGCGCCCCCCAGGGCAGUGCCGCUCAAUGGUUUUCUCAGCUAUGUGCAAUCCCGGGGCCUGGAGCUGAAGCCUGGCAGCUGCACGGGCUCUGCGGACGCCUUCGGGGCCACUGCAAUGCUGGCCAGAGGCUCAUGGCCCCACCCCACCGGGCUGGGAGGAGACGGCGGCGGGACUCGGGAUGCAGGGUCCCCGCCGGACCUGGCUUCAUCUCCUCGCUGUCCGCGGGAGCCCCCGAGCCUGGCCGAGGCGGUGUACAGCAUCUACCGCGAGCGCUCCAGCGGGGCUGGCCGUCGCCGGACCACAGUUGCCGCGGUGGCUGCGGCCACCACUGCCACUGUCACCGCGGCCGCCAGUGGCAGCAGCAGUCCGGCGCCCUGCAGCCCAACCGGGAGUUGGGGGCGCCAGAGCACCGCCAGUUCCCUCGUGGGCUCCUCGCUGAGCGCCUUCGCGCUGCUGCCUUUGCAAGGGGACCGGGAUAGAGACGGGGACUCGGAGGGAGCAAGUUGCAGCUGGCACAGGCCGCCCGGGGAACGCGGCUCCCGGGAUCUCCCGAGGGAAGAACUGGAUCUGAGUCUGACGGACCUCCGGGGAACCGACUGUAGGGCGCGCUGGGCGUCCAGUGAACUGGAGGAGCCGGAAGGCGCGGCGACAGCACGCACCGCCAGGGGGCAGGGCGGUCGCCUGCCCAGGACCGGCAGGUACGCAGCCUGGCGGCGCCGAAGCACCAGCGGGCUCCUGGACUACCGGGCGCAGCCUUCGCCGGAGCCCCCGCCCUCCCCGCGGUCGGCCGACCUGGACUCCCGUCCUCCAGAUACAGCCGCCACGCCCUCGCUCCCUCUGCGCCCCGAGGACUCGCCCCGGGUCCGUCGGGACUCUCCCAGCUCUCAGUCGGUUGAGCAGUCCUGCAGCAAUAAGGGCUACUCGCCCCUGAGGGAGGCCGACACCUCCGUGGAGUCGGUCGUGGACGUGGCGGCCAGGAAAAGGCCAGACUGUGCGGACGCCAAGGAUCCGGGUACGGAGCCUAGCUCCCCGGAGGGUCCCAGUUCAGAGACACCUAGGGCUGAGCAGCCUCUGUCCCUGCAGAGGCAGUUUACAAACAAGGAGAAACUCUUCCUGAUUUCCAGGUCUCACACCCCAGGAGUAGAGGACCCGGAACUGGAAAACUCUUCUGCCUAGGGAGAGGGGGACAGGGAAAGGAGAGACAGUCCCACUGGAACCCCUACAUUAACCCCAACCCAUUUCCACGUGGGCAGGUUCGAGGAAACCAUUCAAUAUCCAAAGAGCUGCAGAAUGUUAUCCUUGAAUUGCGUUCACAAAAUCCCUGUAGAUAACCCAAGCAAUUUUUUAUUUUAAGAAAAAGCAGUCGUCCUUUUAUGUCCGAUGGUGAUCGUACGUCCCAUGAAAACCAAAUGUAUUAAAAGGUCACAAUCUAGUCCGUUAGAUGAAAUUCUCUUAAUUUUCUUAGGCUCCAAAUAAUAUAUUUUUGACAGUAACUCUGCACUUUACUCCAGUUUUUCUUUGCCCCCCCAACUUCCCUCACCCCUGUGCUCUGCUGCUAACUUUGUUCAUAGCUUCUUGUGAAUGAGUGGCAAGCUUUUGAUUCUCCUCUUCUCGAAGAGCCUAGAAGAGUUCCUCAGUUCUCUUAGAACUGGCCUUUCUAGGUGAAGUCAAAGCCUAAAGCAUGAGCAUUCAAGAGUGGGUUCCCUUGCCUAACCCUACUCUGCGCUAUGGCUGUCCAAAUUACUCUAUUUUUAAAAAAGGAUAUUUGCAUUUUGCUACCAGGGUAUGUGAAGACUGGAGGGCGCCAGCAUCUAGACUGGACUGCUACAUCCCUAAACUCACAAUACCACGUACACCGAGCGUUACUGAGUAUUAUUACACCUGUAUGGAAAGUAACGUUAGUAUUUAAAGUCUUUCUUCUUUUUUAAAUAAAAAGUUUUCAAACCGUUAAA